GACACGUUUGCUCAAUGUGGCCCUCGAGCUUCGAGGUCAAGCUGAAUCAUGCAUUGCAUUCUUCGUGACCUACCAGCACCACCCCUCAUGGAAGUAGAAGGGUCGGUGAGGAGGAAUGUUUUGGGGCUUUCUUAGUUCCUCAUUCUUUGUUUUUUUUUGUUAAAUAAUUAAGAUAAAAUUUGACCCAUUGAAGCUUCAAAAUAUCCGUCUCCCGUCCGAUUUUUCGAUUUUGGGGAUCAAAUAAAACAAGGCUCCUGAAUCAUUUUGGAGUUGGUAAGAUUCAAAUAAACGUGCCAUCUGAAUUUGGGGUUGGUUCGGUUCGAGUGAUCUCAUCCUUUUCUUCCUUCUCCUACUACACCUGCCUGCUGCUAUCAGCAUUGACACUUCCUUGUCAUUUUUGCUCCUCUGGCGGGUUUAUCUCCUACUACACAGGGGCAGUUCUAUGCACCUCUUUUAGAAUUUCCAGAUUUUGAUGCCAGAUCCGUGUCUUCGUCUUUGAUUCCAGCUUUGGUUUCUCUUUUGGUGGAGAUUGAAGAUGAUUGCAAUUCCAUACUUGACUGCAUUGAGCACCUACUUUAGCUAUGGUUUGCUCUUCGCCUUCGGUCAAAUCAGAGAUUUCUUUAGGAAAAUUAUGGACUGGUGCAGCUCUAACAACCUUCAGGGUUACGCACCGAUAUGUUUAGGACUCGAAGAUUUUUAUAUUCGCCGACUGUAUCUUCGUAUUCAGGAUUGCUUUGGAAGACCAAUAUCAAGUGCUCCUGAUGCGUGGUUUGAUGUAGUGGAGCGCUACUCAAACGAUAAUAACAAAACCCUGAAGCGAACGACAAAAGUAAGUAGAUGCCUUAACUUGGGAUCAUACAACUAUCUUGGCUUUGCUGCUUCAGAUGAAUAUUGUACACCCAGAGCAAUUGAGUCAUUGAAGAAGUAUUCUGCAAGCACAUGCAGUAGUCGGGUAGAUGGGGGCACUACUGCACUGCACAAUGAAUUGGAGACAUCUGUCGCCAACUUUGUUGGCAAGCCAGCUGCUAUAGUUUUUGGAAUGGGCUAUGUGACAAACUCUGCUGUUCUUCCAGUUCUGAUGGGGAAGGGAAGUUUGAUCAUUAGUGAUUCAUUGAACCACAACUCCAUUGUCAAUGGUGCCCGAGGUUCUGGAGCUACUAUUCGUGUUUUCCAGCAUAAUACUCCGUCUCAUCUUGAAGAGGUUUUGAGGGAACAAAUUGCUGAGGGACAACCAAGGACCCACAGGCCCUGGAAGAAGAUAAUUGUUAUUGUUGAGGGGAUAUACAGCAUGGAAGGAGAGAUAUGCAAACUUCCAGAGAUCAUAACUAUCUGCAAAAAAUACAAGGCAUAUACAUAUUUGGAUGAGGCACACAGCAUUGGAGCAGUGGGCAAGACUGGAAGAGGUGUCUGUGAACUCUUAGGUGUGGAUACUGCUGAUGUUGACAUCAUGAUGGGGACAUUCACCAAGUCAUUUGGAUCAUGUGGAGGUUAUAUUGCAGGGUCUAAGGAGCUUAUCCAGUACUUGAAGUGCACUUGCCCUGCACAUCUUUAUGCUACUUCAAUUUCACCUCCAGCUGCUCAACAAAUUAUAUCUUCCAUAAAGGUUAUACUUGGAGAGGAUGGUUCUAAUAGAGGUGCCCAAAAGCUUGCACAAAUUCGUGAGAAUAGCAACUUUUUCAGAUCAGAAUUGCAGAAGAUGGGAUUUGAGGUUCUUGGGGAUAAUGAUUCCCCUGUAAUGCCCAUCAUGCUUUACAACCCCGCCAAAAUCCCUGCCUUCUCUAGGGAGUGCCUCAAGCAGAAUGUUGCUGUGGUGACGGUGGCAUUUCCAGCAACUCCACUAUUGUUGGCAAGAGCCCGCAUAUGCAUAUCUGCUGCUCAUUCUAAAGAUGACCUUAUCAAAGCCUUGGAGGUUAUCAGCAAGGUUGGUGAUCUAGUGGGUAUAAAAUACUUUCCUGCUGAACCAGCGAAGCUGCAGCAGGGGGGAAGAACCAAGUUAGAUUGAGAGAGGUGUAUUGCUCAUGCUGGUACUCGUAAACAAGAGCGAAGGUUGAUUUGGACUGGUAGGGUAUACUCCAUGGUGUAGUGUUUUCAUUCUUGUAGGGUUCUUUUUUUGGAAUAAUUCUUGCAGGGUUCUCAAACAAAUGAAUCCUCGUGUUCUUUUGGAGUAGUUUCUAUUAGUAAAUUUGCCGAACUGAUGUGUCCAGUUGCAGUAGAAAGCAGAAACAUAGUCCUAGUCUUCUGCGCGUGUUCAAUUGGAAUUAGAUCUAUUCGUAAAUUGCACGAGUUCUUUCCUUUAAA